GUCACUGUGCACCGAAAACAACGAUGGAAAUAAAAACUAUUUAAUUUUGAAAGGCUAAUUCCACAGUUUGAUGUAUGCAAUUAUUUGAAGGACACUAAACGCUCUCGACAUGCUUUAAUUCCCCAGUUUAGAAGGCUAGUACAGCGAGUUCACUAGGAUGCUACACUGGCCCUGAUUGGGUUAGCACUUGAUGUCCACUGGUGAGUGGCAGCAGACUGUUUCUCUGGGCAUUGCAAUGAGGAGAGGGUUCAGCCCAGCCCCAGUGGAGGACCGAUGGCUGGUAAGGUGAAGUGGGUGACUGACAUAGAGAAAUCUGUACUGGUCAACAACUUUGAGAAGAGAGGAUGGAUUCAAGUGACUGAUACAGAGGACUGGAACUUUUACUGGAUGAGCAUCCAGACCAUUCGCAAUGUUUUCAGCGUGGACACCGGCUACCGCCUAUCUGAUGAUCAGAUGGUCAACCACUUCCCAAACCAUUAUGAGCUUACAAGAAAGGAUCUGAUGAUCAAGAACAUUAAGCGCUACAGGAAGGAGCUGGAGAAGGAAACCAGCCCUCUUGCUGAGAAGGAUGAAAGUGGAAAAUACAUUUAUCUAGAUUUUGUGCCUGUGACGUUCAUGCUGCCGGCGGACUAUAACCUGUUUGUGGAGGAAUUCCGCAAGAGUCCAUCCAGCACGUGGAUCAUGAAGCCUUGUGGAAAAGCUCAGGGCAAGGGCAUCUUCCUCAUCAACAAACUUUCACAGAUCAAGAAAUGGUCCCGGGACAGCCGCACCUCCUCGUUUAUGGCAGCUAACAGCGGAAAGGAAGCGUAUGUGAUCUCACUGUACAUUGACAAUCCAUUGUUGAUUGGUGGGAAAAAGUUUGAUUUGCGUCUUUACGUGUUAGUUACCACCUACCGUCCUCUGAAAUGUUACAUGUAUAAACUUGGAUUUUGUCGGUUUUGCACUGUUAAAUACACGCCCAGUACGAGUGAACUGGACAACAUGUUUGUGCACCUUACAAAUGUGGCAAUCCAGAAACACGGGGAUGAUUAUAACCCUGUACAUGGUGGUAAAUGGACAGUAAAUAAUCUGCGCCUGUAUCUGGAGAGCACCAGAGGAAAAGACGUCACUAACCAUCUCUUUGACCAGAUCCAUUGGAUUGUGGUACAGUCCCUCAAAGCUGUAGCUCCCGUCAUGAACAAUGAUAAACACUGCUUUGAAUGCUAUGGCUAUGACAUCAUCAUUGAUGACAAGCUGAAGCCGUGGCUCAUUGAGGUAAAUGCCUCUCCGUCACUCACCUCCAGCACUGCAAAUGACCGAAUUCUGAAGUACAACCUCAUCAAUGAUACACUUAACAUCGUCACCCCAAAUGGCGAGAUCCCAGACUCCCGCUGGAACCGCACCCCACCCAAAGAGGUUCUUGGAAAUUAUGAAGUUCUUUAUGAUGAAGAACACGCGCUGAGCGAGAACAACGACCGUGAACUUCGGAGUCGCUCGGGUCAGUCACUGGGGACAAAGAGCACAAGGUCAAGUAGUGUGAGGCCUGUACCAGCCACCUGGAAGUAAGGUCAUGGUCCUGACCACACACAUGACCUGCUUAUUUGCAGAAGGACUAUGGGAAUGUAGACGUCUUCUGAUUUGGACUAAUAAUGAGACUGAAAAAACAAGAGAAUUUACCUGCACAUUCCUGCAUGAGAUUAAAGUUUAAUAAUGACCAGGAGAGGUAAAGGAGUUCCCCUUGUGAUGCAUGAUGCCUUUAGGAAAGUGACUGAUGUAGAUGGAAAUACUAACGAGGGAUAAAAUUAAGUGAAAAAAAGCCAGACAUGUUUCCUUAUCAGUAAAAUAUUCUUACUUGUAGGCCUUUACAUUUUGAAAUAUGGUUAGUUUUACUACUGGCUAGCCAUCAGUAUGUUUUUGUAUUUUUUAAAAAACUUCUACUGAUUUUAUGUCCCUUAUUUAUUGUUUAUGGAACGUACUUGAUAAUAAUUUAUGGAACGUACUUGAUAAUAUAUGCUAAUAUUUAUGAUCAGCACUUUCUAUAAGUUUAAUGCAACGAAGACAAAGAAGAAAAUUGCACUCUGACCACAAUUCUCAUUAGCAAAAUGGCCUCUAAAAAGAAGUGUAACCUCCUUUAAAAACAGAAGGUGCAUUAGAGUCUACAGUGCAAUAAACUGUCCAAAUCAA